UUUGCCCCAAUGUAACCCGAUCCGUUCAAUCGGAUUCUUGAAUAUCCAAACGUUCGCUGAAGGGCGUUCAUACGUUUACUCUGUUUCCCGCUCCAAUCCAACGUGGCCUAAAAACUUUCCGGGAUUUUCUUCCCGCGAGAAUCUCCUUACGAUCGGUGCAACGGAUUUGCUUGCCUUUUCCACUCUACUGGGGAGAGAGGGAGCGAAGCAAGGGGAGAAGGGAAGAAUCUCUCCAGAGUGAACAUUGAAAUCCAGAAUCCCGUCGAGGGGAAAACGAAGGCGAGAACGACCCAUCCGCCCCGGCUAGUGGCCGGAUCAAGCUUCUUGGGAGAAAGAGAAGAGGGGCAAAGGCUUCGGGCUUUGGAUUCUCAGAAGCAGAAACAGAGAGCAAAUAUGACGACCAACAGCGGGAAUGAUGCUGCUGUUGGUGCUAAGGGAAAAUUUGCAGCAAUUGUGGUGUGUUGGUUCCUUGGGAACGGGUCUCUGAUUUCAUGGAAUAGCAUGCUAACCAUUGUGGACUAUUAUGGAUACCUGUUUCCUAAUUAUCAUCCUUCAAGAAUUCUCACCCUAGUCUAUCAACCAUUUGCUCUUGGAACUAUUGCCAUUUUGACGCGUUAUGAAGCAAAGUUGAAUACCAGGCGCAGAAAUUUGUCUGGAUAUCUGCUUUUCUUCGUCAGCAGUCUGCUCGUUGUAGCAUUGGAUUUGGCAAGUUCUGGAAGGGGAGGUGUAGGUCCCUUUAUCGGCCUUUGUGCUAUCAGUGCAGCAUUUGGAAUUGCAGACGCUCAUGUCCAGGGAGGAAUGCUAGGUGACUUGUCUCUGAUGUGUCCUGAAUUCGUACAGUCUUUUAUGGCUGGUCUUGCUGCAUCUGGGGCUUUCUCAUCUGCUCUGAGAUUUAUUACUAGAGCAGCCUUUGAAGAUUCUAAAGGUGGCCUGCGCAAAGGAGCAAUUCUCUUUUUCUCAAUUUGUUCCACGCUUGAGCUGGUAUGUGUUCUUCUCUACGCAUUUGUCUUCCCUAAGCUUGAAAUCGUGAAGUACUACCGCUCAAAGGCAGCUUUAGAGGGGUCAAAGACUGUCUCAGCGGACCUUGCUGCUGGGGGUGUUCAGUUGGAACUUAAUCAGAUGGAAAUAGAAGAUCCAAAGGAGUUAGAACGAUUGAGCGUUAAGGAGCUGUUUCGGCAGAACAUAGACUAUUGUCUUGACCUGUAUUUCAUAUAUGUGUUGACAUUGUCAAUAUUCCCUGGUUUUCUGGUUGAAGAUACAGGUUCACACAGCCUGGGAAAUUGGUAUGCACUUGUUUUGGUAGCAGCUUACAACGUGCUGGAUCUCAUUGGACGGUACACGCCCUUGAUCAAAAUAUUGAAGAUAAGUUCAAGGCCCAUCCUGACAUUGGCAUGCUUGUCACGGUUCCUCAUGAUUCCCGCCUUCUACUUCACAGCCAAGUACGGAAGCCAAGGCUGGAUGAUCAUGCUGACAUCAAUCUUGGGUUUCACCAAUGGGCAUCUGACAGUCUGCGUUCUUACAGUGGCACCGAAAGGUUACAAGGGACCUGAACAGAAUGCACUUGGGAACGUGUUAUGCUGCUGGCUUUUGUCUGGCAUCUUUUCCGGUGUUGUACUUGAUUGGCUGUGGCUGAUAGGCAAGGGUUGGUGAAUUCAUAAAAAUUUAAAUGUGUUACUCCUUUGUUUAGGGUUAUAUAAUGGGCCAUACACCCCAUGUAUGAUCACAUUAAGAAGGUAAUCUUUGAAUAGCUUGAAUGCAUUAGGUCAUCUGUGAACAGAGUGGCAACUGAUUUCCUCACACGAUGAUAAUUUUUGUUUCUGGUUCUCCAGUGGCAGCAAAUUCAGUUAUUAUCUUUUC